CUGGGACCUUUUUUUGUAAAUAAAAUUUCAUAUUACAAAAAAAUUUAUAUUAUAUUAAAAGUGUCAUCUGGCUCAAGCUCCGCUGGGAAUCGCCACCGGCUGAGCAGCCUAUUGCAACAGUUAGUCAUGGCGAAAACAAUUUUUUUCCCAGUUGUGCUUUCAUUUAUCUUCAUUUUAUCAUACACAAUGUGUAUUAAUGCUAAUGCUACUGGUAAAAAUGCUGGUGGUAAAAAUGAAGUUGAUGAUGAGAAACCCUUCUCUUACUUGCUGGGAACAACAGAGGGACCAUACAAAUGGGGUACACUUAAACCUAAUUGGAAAAUAUGUGAUACUGGAUUAUUUCAGUCUCCUAUUAAUUUCCGUAAUAAAACUGUGAAAGUCACAAAACGUAUACCACAUUUUACCCCAAAUUACAAAAUUUCAUCGGCUACUAUAAUGAAUAGAGGCCAUGAUAUUAAGUUGCAAUGGGAAGGAGAUGCAGGAUCUAUCACCCUUAAUGGUACUGUGUAUAAAUUAAUUCAAUGCCAUUGGCAUACUCCUUCUGAGCACAAAGUUGAUGGACAAAGCUUGGCUAUGGAAGCCCAUUUGAUUCAUCAGAGUGUUAAUGGCAAAUUAACAGCUGUGAUUGGUAUCCUCUUCAAUAUUGGACCCCCAAACCCUUUUCUUAAUGAGUUGAUCCACCAUGCAAAGACAGUUGAUCGUAAGGGUAAAAAAGUUGGACUGGUUGACCCAAACAAAUUGGGAGUCAAAGCUGAACCAUUCUAUAGAUACAUUGGUUCACUUACUGUUCCUCCAUGCACUGAGGGUAUUGUUUGGAAUGUACUACAUCAGCCAAGGACUGUUUCCAUGGAUCAAAUGAUGGCAUUGAGGAAUGCUGUUAAUGAUGGAUUUCAAGUAAAUGCAAGACCAACUCAAGGCUUACGUAGAAGACCAGUGUAUCUAGUUAUGUAAGAAAGACCAAGAAUUGGUGAAUUAUUAAGCUUCAAAAUUUAAUGACGAUGGCAUGUGAAUUUUAUUACAUGCAUGAAAAAAAAAAAAGUUUCUUCAUUACAAAGUACCUUAAUUAAAUUACUCUAUGGUUGGUGGUCAAGUGUUGGAAAUGAAAUUAAUUAAUUUACCUUUUGGAUGUAUUUAUAUUUGGAAUUUGGAGACCCCCCAAAAAAUCAUUAUUUGAGGUCCACAUGUAUCUCCAAAAGCAAAUAUGUAAUGUAAUCUUCAUGUUCUUUUUAUUUCCAA